GUUGUUAACAAAUGCAAAAACUCUUCGUUCAACCACUAACAGUCACUAAAUCACUUAACUCUUGAGACUUUUAUCUCUCUCUCUCUCUCUCUCUUAUUCCCAAAGCCAAAUCAAAAUCUAAGGAUUCUACAAAAUAAAAUGGUUCUUAUUUAUUUCGUCAUCGGAAUCUGAAAAUUUUCGACGUGAUAUGUUUCCUUUCUUCUAGUUUGUUCAUCCGCUUGUUACACAAAAAAAAUGGGUGCAAAGCUAAACCUUGUGUUUGCCGUCACUAUCAUUCUCGUCACAAUCUCAUCACCCUCACAUGGGUAUGAUCCUUUGGAUCCGUUUGGUAAAAUUACCAUCAAAUGGGAUCUUAUUCUGUCAUCACCUGGCCAUCACACGGUACAAGUAAGACUAGAGAACAUGCAAGAGUACCGCCACGUGGACAAGCCAGGAUGGAAGCUGAGUUGGCAUUGGGAAAGCAAACAAGUGAUAUGGGACAUGAGAGGAGCUGAGACUACAGAGCAAGGCAACUGCUCAGCCUUUGCCUCGAGCGGAACACUACCUCACUGCUGUCUCACGCGACCAACCAUCGUCGACCUUCUUCCCGGUGCUCCUUUCAACUCUCAAGUCUCCAACUGCUGCCGUGGAGGCGUCUUGACUGCUAUGUCACAGGACCACACCAACCACGUCUCUGUUUUCCACAUGACCAUCGGAAGCUUCCCUGAUGACUCUGGAGAGUUCACUAUGCCUUCGAACUUUGAUAUAGGUGUUCCAGGUUAUAGUUGCGACAAUGCUACCACCGUGGCCCCUACUAAGUACAGUACUGAUAAGGGUCGUCGCAAAACUCAAGCUCUAGCAACAUGGGAGGCAGUGUGCGUGUACUCGCAGUUUCGGUCAUCACAAUCACCAAAAUGCUGCGUCUCACUCUCUGCCUUCUACUACCGAAACAUUGUUCCUUGCCCUACGUGUAGCUGCGGCUGCUCUAGUUCUCAUUGCGUCAAGCCUGGUGAGAUGCCGCCAUAUCUGGAACAGAAACAUGAUCCAGAGGAGGAAGUAUCGCCUGUGGUGGAGUGUACGAAACAUAUGUGUCCGAUACACAUCCACUGGCAUGUCAAAGUGAACUAUAGAGAGUACUGGAGGGUUAAGAUCACAGCAACGAAUCUCAACACGAUGAAGAACUACACUGACUGGAACUUAGUUGUGCUUCAUCCCAACUUGAAAAGCGUAGAACAAGUCUUCAGUUUUAACUACAAAUCCUUGACACCUUACCACAACGGCAUCAAUGACACAGGGAUGUUUUGGGGAGUCAAGUUCUACAAUGAUGUGUUGCUUCAAGCAGGGAAGAUUGGUAAUGUGCAAACAGAGUUGUUAUUAAAGAAAGAUAUGGGGAACUUCAGUUUCAGAGAAGGUUGGGCGUUUCCAAGGAGAAUCUUGUUCAAUGGUGAUGAAUGUGUUAUGCCUUCUCCAGAUGAUUAUCCGAGGCUGCCCGGUUAUGCUUCUUCCUCCUCCUCUGCUGUUUUCAGCUUUGUUACAAUCUUAUUCUGUUUUCUCCUUCAUCUAUUUGUUUGAUUGAAGCGUUUUCAUUGGACCUGCACUGUGUUUUUGGCCUUUUCAAGAACAACGGUUUGGUUAAGAAAGCUGAUUUUUUUGCAUGAAA